GCUACUCUCUAUCAGAACUUUCAUCCUGAUUUCUCCCUUUUGGGUGAAUGUGGUGAAGAUUGGAAUCAAAUGCAGUCUCAGGAAGAAGAUGUGGCAAUAACUGAACAGGACCUCGAACUCAUUAAAGAAAGAGAAACAGCAAUCAGGCAAUUAGAGGCAGACAUUUUGGAUGUCAAUCAGAUAUUUAAGGAUUUAGCCAUGAUGAUUCAUGACCAAGGAGAUAUGAUUGAUAGCAUAGAGGCAAAUGUGGAAAGUGCAGAAGUUCAUGUGGAAAGAGCCAGUGAGCAGUUACAGAGAGCUGCCUAUUAUCAGAAGAAAUCCCGUAAGAAGAUCUGUAUCCUGAUUCUUGGUCUUGCUGUGGCUUCUAUAAUCAUAGGAUUCAUUAUCUGGCAGACAGCAAAAUCUUCACAUGGAACCUAGUCUCACUGCUGAGGUUUUUUCCCUUGGAGUAAACAGUCUGACUAGUCUCGGAAAUGAAUUGACCACCGUGAGAGAGCACAAGCUGGACCUACUCUAGUAAUAGAUAUUAGCAACCAAUGUGCAGAUAACUAGUAUUUGGAAUUAGUGAACCAUGGAGACAGUAUUUAUCAGUUUAUAUACAAAUUAUAUUGUUUUAUGUAACUAAAAUCUUGUGGUUUUCUUUCUGUAAUGUAUUAUUCCCUGUCCCAACUGUAUGCUGAAGUGUGAUCAAUAAUUGGAGAUGUCUUGGUUUUGACAAGUGGCACUUUAACAUUUUAUAUGUAUAGGUAACUUUGUUGGACUGGAAUAAGAAUGACAUUCAAAGAGAGCACAACACUGAUUCACAUUACCUUAAUUCCAGCAGUUUCUAAAGUCUCCAUUAUCUGCCCCGUGGUUUUAUUAGUCUCCAAGUGGCUGUGGUUCUAUAUUCUCUUGAAGAGAAAGAUGUUACAGAUCUGAAAAACGAGAAGUAUACGUGGAUGGCAGUUGGAACCAGUGCAUGCUGGUCAGUUUAGCCUGGAGAUUCGUAACUGUGGUGUUUAAUUUUUUGAGUGUGGUUGGGGUUGUUUUUUUUCCAAAAUGCAUCA